AUGGCUGGGGAUAAAUAUUCUGUGAUUUUGCCUACCUACAACGAAAGAAAGAAUCUUCCAAUCAUCACUUAUUUGUUGGCUAAGACUUUUCAAGAAAAUAAGUUAGAUUGGGAAGUUAUUAUUGUCGAUGAUGCCUCUCCAGAUGGAACCCAAGAAGUUGCUAAGCAAUUGAUCAAGUUAUACGGUGAAGAACAUAUCUUAUUGAAGCCAAGAGCCGGUAAGUUGGGUUUGGGUACUGCUUAUGUCCACGCCUUGAAUUUCGUUAGUGGUAACUUUGUGAUUAUCAUGGAUGCUGAUUUCUCUCACCACCCUGAGUCCAUUCCUGAAUUCAUCAAGAAGCAAAAAGAAGGCAAUUUUGACAUUGUUACUGGUACCAGAUACGCUGGUAAUGGUGGUGUUUACGGUUGGGAUUUGAAGAGAAAAUUAGUGAGUAGAGGUGCCAACUUUUUGGCUUCUACCGUUUUGAACCCAAGAGUUAGUGAUUUGACUGGUAGUUUCAGAUUGUACAAGAAGCCAGCCUUAGAAAAGAUUAUUGCCAUCACCAAAUCAAAGGGUUAUGUCUUCCAAAUGGAAAUGGUUGUCAGAGCCAGAAGUUUGGGUUUGACCAUUGGCGAAGUUCCAAUCAGUUUCGUUGAUAGAUUGUAUGGUGAAAGUAAAUUGGGUGGUGACGAAAUUGUUGGCUACUUGAAAGGUGUUUGGAAUUUGUUUGUUUCCGUCUAA